CGAGAAUUCGUGGCAGUAGAAAACUUAGUGGUCGCGAGACGUGCUUGUUUUUUGAGUGCGGUGUGCUCUUGCCGCUUUUUGCCUGAAUGAUUGUAAAAAGUUAGAUCCCGACCAUGUGCCGCAGGUCAUUUGCUGUUGUUUGUUUACUUUACGUUUCACAACAGUACUCCUUCUCCUGUACAAUUUUAUUGUUCAAAAGUUACCACGGCCUGUUGGAAUGUUCGUUGCUCUUUAUAGAGAUUUCUUAAGUUGGAAAUGUUCGCACUGUAGUUCCGCAACUCACUUGCCUGGCGUCUACCACAUCUGUAUGGAGCUCCCCAAUUUGACGGCAUUAUUUAAAGCACACGAAAGUGUCGGCGCUGCUAUUUCGUGUAUGCCUCUUUGUCUGUCUGUCCCACAGUACUCGUUUACAGCCAAACAAGUAGUCAAAGAUAAAUGUGAAAUGAAAGAUAUGCUUGUUUCCAGAGCAGUGUUGUAUUCACCAAAAGGGCUGGCCUUAGAGCACCCCAUCAUGAUAUGGCAGAUACUGCUCAUCAUUAGCUAUUUCAUGUUAUUUGAAGCCACUCCCUUCUAUUUGGGGGCGCAAAAGAACAUUACUUGUUUUUUCAACUUUGGUGUAUUCCCAAAGAGCCAUACACUUCUUGCAAAUUUAAAAGGCAUCGAGAUGGGGCGCCAUUUAUAUAGCAAUUCGGUUAUGCAGAACCCCUUGGUACAAGCCUCACAGGGGCUAUGUAGACACAGUCUUCAUAAUAUAAAAGGGGGCUAGUCCCCGCUCAGUUUCAUGCAUCUUUAUUUUUUGUA